GCUUCCGGUAUGAAGCUCGGUUGGCGCCGGAGCGUGGGCGACGCAGGGUCCAGGCCGGGGAGGACCUGACUGACCUGAAGGCUUUCCCCCCCCCCUCUCUCCCUCACUCCCUCCCUCUCCCUCUCUCUCUCCUUCUCUUUUCUUCCUCUCUUCAACGGAAGCCAUUGGAGAGAUAAAAGAAGCAUCCUUUGGCAAAUACCCGCUGAUGAAAGAUGGAGAUCUCGUCCUAUUACACUAAGCUUCUGGGGGAGCUGAAUGAGCAGAGGAAGCAGGACUUCUUCUGUGACUGCAGCAUCAUUGUGGAGGGAAGAAUCUUCAAAGCGCACCGCAAUAUCUUAUUUGCCAACAGUGGUUACUUCAGAGCCUUGCUAAUCCAUUACAUCCAUGACAGUGGGCGCCCCAGCACUGCCUCCCUGGACAUUGUAACAUCUGAUGCCUUUUCCAUAAUCUUGGACUUCCUGUAUUCUGGAAAGUUGAACCUUUGCAGCAAGAAUGUUAUUGAAGUCAUGUCGGCUGCCAGUUACCUGCAGAUGACUGACGUGGUCAGCUUCUGCAAAUUGUACAUCAGAUCUGCCCUUGAUAUCAGUGUAAAAGAGGAGAAGGAUGAUAAUUGCAACCAUGUGGAGAAUGGCGGGAAUGUAGCAGCCUUUGCAGAAGCUGUUAACUACUGCAGGAAUCAGUCCUCAGUUCAGCAGAAAGAGUCGAGCCCUGAUCGUAACAAAGGACUCCCUUGGACUGAAUGUGAGGUUUAUCAUUCGAUUGAUCUGGCUCAGAAAGAUCAGGAUAGCCUCUCUCCUGAGAAGUCAACAUUACCCAAACUUCCAGAACCCAAAGUUGAGUAUGACGAGGACGAGGUGGAAUCUGUGGAAAGAUUCCGUCAGUUUCCCACCUCUGCUGCAGAUCAGGUUGAGGAGAGGUUGCAGUCCACGCCAGCUAUAGAGAUCGCUUACGAGAAUUAUCAGAUGAAACAGUUCUUGGAGGUUUUAUUGAGGACCGGGAAUGUUCAGCGGAAGGAGGAACUAAUCCAGCAUUUUUCCAGAGGAGUCGGAGGACGUUCAGAGGAUGGAGGAGGGUCUUUCUCCAAUAUGAUGGAUGUACAAAGUGACUGGUAUGGGGAAGAUGCAGGUAAUGGGAUAAUUGUGCCAAAAAAGAUCUACAAGUGUCCGUUCUGCACCUACACAGCAAAGCAGAAAGGUAUACUAAAGCGACACAUGCGCUCACAUACCGGAGAGCGUCCAUACCCGUGUGAGACCUGUGGAAAGAGAUUCACCAGACUGGAGCACCUCCGCAGCCAUGCGUUAAGUGUACAUCGCUCCAACAGACCGAUUGUUUGCAAGGGAUGCAGGAGAACAUUUAUCAGCAACCUGCAGCACGGUGCAAGGCGCUUUGGUCUUUGCGAGGGCUGCACCUGUGUAAUGACUACCAAUGAAGAAGCAUCUCCGGUCAAUCUAUGCCAGAAUGAGCAGAUUUUAGACAACCAGGAGAAGGAAGAGAAAGACCCAGGCUGGCCUGUAUACAUUGAGUCCAGUGAAGAGAAUGAAUCUGCAGGAGACAAUGCGGAUGACAAGCAGCAGAUUCAGAGAAACUUGGAGGAUGGGGAAGGAUUUAUCUAGUGCCGCCCUUAACCAUUUCCUUUCCAGGAACAUGGGAACCUAGGAACAGGAGCAGGCUAUUCAGCCCGUCGAGCCUGUGCCCCCAUUCUGUAAGAUCAUGGCUGAUCUGUACCUCAACUCUAUCUGUAUCC